UCAGUCAAGAGCAGACUUACAGCAGGCUUGUGGAUUGUGGUUUAGAAACUAUUUUUGCUUUGUAGUAUUUUAUGUGAAUGUGCACUAAGAGGUUGAACAAUCUGAACCAGCAAACAGACAGCAAUAGUCGAGGGGUUUUGAUCCUCACCAUCAACAUAACAUGUCUAGGAAAAGCAGCGUCACCCAGACAGGGCCAACCAAAGUGGAAGUGGGGUCAGAGAUUAUGACUGUCAGGAGCAACAGAGUGGUACUGGAUAAUUCCAUUGGCCCAGCAGAUAUUGUAAUAUUUGAUGGCAAAAUAAGUGAUGUUUUGCCAAAGAGAAUUUGGGCCAGACCCAAUCUUGAGAAGAUACUCGAUGUUGGGGACCUUGUGGUCAUGCCCGGGAUAAUAGACCCUCAUGUACAUAUCUGUGAGCCUGGAUGCCCAGCAAGUGAGGGAUUUACAUGUGUGACUAAGGCUGCAGCUGCAGGAGGGAUCACCACCAUUGUUGACAUGCCAUUGCAUUGCAAUCCUACAACCACAACCUUAUCUGCCCUUGAUACCAAAAUCCAAUUUGCCAAGGGCCAAUGCCAUAUUGACGUUGCCUUCUGGGGUGGCAUAAUUCCUGGAAAUCAGGCUGAACUCCUACCAAUGCUGAAGGCCGGUGUGCCUGGAUUUCAAUGCUUCUUGAUGGCCACCGGUGUGGAGGAUUUUUCCCAUCUGAGUCUGCAUGAUUUACAUGCAGCAAUGAAUGAACUACAAGACACAAACUGUGUGCUUCUGUUUCAUGCAGAACAGGAGCCAAGUCAAUGGAUGCCUGUCCAAGAGGAUGCUGUGGAUACUGCAGAAUACAGUGCCUUCUUGGGCUUGCGUCCUGAUUCCAUGGAAGUGGAGGCCGCUCUCACCAUUGCUGAACUCUGCCUCCAGUACAAGGUACCAUGCCACAUUCUUAAUCUCUCCUCUGCUCAAGCUUUGCCCAUCAUCAAUGAUGCUCGUCAAAAGGGGGCACCAAUCACUGUAGAAACUACUCUAAACUACCUCAGCCUGACAUCUGAAUGCAUUCCUCCAGGAGGAACAUACUACAAAUGCUGUCCUCCCAUCAGAGGGAAAGUCAACCAGGAACAGUUAUGGGCAGCUUUAAAAGUAGGACAGAUAGACAUGGUUGUCUCUGCUCAUAGACCUUGUUAUCAAGGCUUGAAGGAUUUGGACAGCGGGGAUUUCUUUAAGGCUCGGUCAGGGAUUGCCUCACUACAAUUUGGUCUUCCACUCUUCUGGACCUCUGCAAAAUCCCAAGGGUUCUCCUUCCAUGAAAUAGUGAAACUAAUGUGCAAAAAUCCUGCCAUUUUGAGUAGGCUGGAACACUGCAAAGGUUCUCUUAGUCCAGGGAUGGAUGCAGACCUGGUGAUCUGGAAUCCAGAGAGACAAUUUAAGGUGAAUAAAGACAUAAUUCAUCACAAGCAUAAGCUGACUCCAUACAUGGGGUUUCAACUGUAUGGUAAAGUGUUUGCGACUCUCAUACGUGGCAGGCUAGUUUAUUUGAAUGGAAAAUUUGCACCCACAGCACAAGGUGACCUGGUUGUGCCUGAGAAAAAGAUGCCCUCAAGAGUUGUCUUACCAUACUAUUAGGAAGGACGAUUGUGGAAUGAGGAACUUGCUGUCAAAAUGGACAGAUCUAGAUGUAACAGCAAAACAAGCUAAUCAAUUGGUUUGGGGAAAGUAUAGUGGAUGAAAAACACACAAAAAAUCAACUGAUUAAACACAGUUUGUAAUCACAAAUGAAAGCUGCAGCAGAAAUUCCUGUUCUCUGCCCCCUCCCCCUUCCCUCAACCACUGAAUAAAUGAAAUAUAAUCAACAGCUCUAGCUGAUAAGACAAGAAUAUGAGACAAUGGCAUAGAAGAAGACAAAUUCCUGAUUCAGCAUCUGCCUUGGCCAAAACUUAUCCUUUCUUGCUUUUUAGCAUUGUGAAUGAGAUAAUAAAGAACACGAAAAAACAAAGAAGGACCUAAGUGAUUUUUUUGCUUGUACUAUUUCAACCUGAAGUACUAUGUGUCUGAAUUUACUUAAUUAUCAGAGGUAGCAUAACUCACAUUGUACGCACACAAGAUUUUUAUUUAUAUACUGUAGCUACCCACUUGCCAAGCAGCUCUGGAAAACUAAUGAGUUAAACACAUCAGAAAAUACAUCAGCCAUAACAAAGCUACAUAUAAACACACACAGCACCAGAAGCAGUAACUCGCAUAACACAUAUAUAUUAUAUGCUUGAAAGUCAGGAUAUUCUAUGAACCAUUAGUCCAUGUUAGUAUAUGUAUAUUAAGUUGAGCUUAAUUUAUAGUGGGUAAUGAGUAGCAUUGUGGUAUAACUGUUUAAGUCUCCCCCAGUUGCUAUUUUGUAAUCACAAAGAAACCUCAGCAACCAUUAGUGAGAUUUUUGGUAAAAUUCCAUCUAAAAAUUCCAAAUGUAUCCUGCAGCUAAAAAAGGUACUAGAAAAAGCAGGUUCUUUUGAUGAAAGAUUUUCAUCCGAAGUAUGACCUUAUGGUCCUGCGGGAGCUGGACCAUAAGGAAGGCUGAGAGAAGGAAAAUAGAUGCUUUGGAACUGUGGUGUUGGAGGAAAAUUCUGAGAGUGCCUUGGACUGCAAGAUCAAACCAGUCCAUACUCCAGGAAAUAAAGCCAGACUGCUCACUUGAGGUAACGAUAUUAAAGGCAAAACUGAAAUACUUUGGCCACAUAAUGAGAAGACAGGACACCCUGGAGAAGAUGCUGAUGCUAGGGAGAGUGGGAGGCAAAAGGAAGAGGGGCCGACCAAGGGCAGGAUGGAUGGAUGAUAUUCUAGAGGUGACAGACUCGUCCCUGGGGGAGCUGGGGGUGUUGACGACCGACAGGAAGCUCUGGCGUGGGCUGGUCCAUGAAGUCACGAAGAGUCGGAAGCAACUAAACAAAUAAACAACAAAAAUGACCUUUUGAUUUCCUAAACAACAUCUAAUUCAAAGUGGCUUAUCCAGUAAUGUGCCUGAUCUAUGUGUAUUUUCAGAAAUCUGCAUUUUUCAUUCAUUAGAGAGAGUAGCAGAUUUAAAGCCCAAUGGCCAGGUUGUAGAAUACUGAUUCAGUAUAUGUGAAACCAAAUAAUGCUGAAUCAUUUACGUUCUCUUUUGAAAAUCCAUGAAAACAAAACUUGUGCUAUGACAGAGGCAGUGUUCCUCUCUGCCAGGGCUGUACUUCAACAUAACUUGCUGAAGCAUUUAGUCAUUAAUGUUAUUAGUUGGCAAGAGUUCAUAGUGCGUAAGAAACUAAACAGUAACAACAUAGAUGGCUUAAUAGCAGAAGUACAAUUAGAAGCUAUGCCAGUAAAAGGAAGGAUGCUGAGAACCAUGCAUUAGGUUUGACAUCUAAAUUGCUUCCUGAAAAUAAAACAUCAGCUAUUAUACUUUAUCCUUUCCAGGUCUGACAGGUGUCUGUAAGAGAAGUUUAUAAUUUUAAAAUCCCUUUUGGAUAAUUGUAUUGUUUUGUUUACAAAUAUGCAUGUAUGUACUAUAUAUAUAGAUACUGUAAGUAAAUGUAUUUGUAUGUGUAUGUAUGUAUGUAUAUGUAUUUUAUUUGCAUUUUAUAUUGCUAUUUUAAAGUUCAUAUUACCUAGACUGCUAAUUUUAAUCUUUUUCUGCUGCUGUUGUUGUAUAUGUGUAGCCUAAGCAAGCCCAUUAGCACAUUUCAAUCUAACAUUGUCUUUUAGCCAAAAUUAUGUACUUUUCCUGAUUGCCCUGAUGUUGUCAAUUUGGUUUUGGAUGUUUUGGAUAUUUGAAUACUAAUUUCCUUGUGCUGGUUAAUG